AUGGAUUUAGCAAGCCGUUCAUCCUACCGUGGUCAAGUGACCAAGCUUGUGAAGGCAGCAAACGAAUAUUUAAUUUCUGAAGAAUCUGAAAUUAAAUCCAACGCAGAAAAUCUUGAUAAAAUCGAGGAGGAGCUUGAGGUAUUUCUGGAUCGUCUGCUCUCCUCGCAUGAAAGUUUACUUAAAGCAAACGACGAGGUCAAGUCUUUGAUUAAACCUGAAGAUUUCGUAAAGGAAUCAGAAGCUGUGGCUGACUAUAACGAUAAGGCGAUAGGGGUAAUCACGCGGUUGAAGCAUAGAUUGUCAAAAAUUCGGCUGCUGCAAACGGGUCCACUUCCAGAAGCAUCACGUGUUCACGAGACUUCUACAGUUGUUCCUAAUGCGAUGCAACAUGCGGUAAAGUUAAAAAAAUUAUUUCCUAAAAGAUUCUCAGGUGAUUAUAAAGACUGGGUUCCAUUUUGGGAGCAAUAUCGUACUUUAAUUCAUGAAAAUUCAUCACUAACGACCAUCGAUAAGUUUAAUUAUUUAGAAACGUCACUGUAUGGAAGAGCUGCAGAAACAUUAGCUGGCCUAACGCCUACAGAAGCCAACUAUAAUUCUGCAAUUGAGUUGCUCAAAGAGGAGUACGGAGAUCAAGAAAAAAUUAUCGACCAUACAAUGCAACAGCUUUUAUCAACACCACCAGUAAGUUCUAAGACAGAUUCUGUUGGGCUGAGACGAUUGUAUACGUCGGUUCUAACCGCAACUCGAUCUCUGACGUCUUUGGGUGUUCCCUCGUUACAAUAUUUUGUGAUGCUCAAGGGUGUGCUUCUCCGAUGCAUUCCGAAUGAUCUUCGUGUGGAUUUCCAUCGUUUUUACCACAGUCAAUCUGGCAAUCAUCAGGUCGAAAACUCAGACGAAAACAUGGACGACUUAGCUUCAACAUCGGCAUCUGAAAUCACUUCUACAAAGUCAAUCGGCGAUAAACAGGUAAAUUCUCUACUUACAUUUCUCAAACGAGAGGUCGAAGCUCUAGAAAAGGCGAAUGAGGCAAAAGGUAACUCUGCUCGUGUUCAACAUCAACCAGGUACGAGUUCUCGACAAGUCAAAACCGCUGUGGGGCUGUUUACGGCAGGAGAGCAUGAACAUACGUGCUUCUUUUGUAAAAGUAAAGAUCACGCAACCACUGAAUGUAAUUGUUUACCGAACUUAUCUAAAAAAAAAGAAUUACUUCGCACUGAUGGUAGGUGUUUUCGUUGCUGUACGAAGGGACACAAUUCUAAAACCUGCAAGGUAAAACGAAUUACUUGCAGUUCUUGUAAUGGCCGACACGCAACAAGCAUGUGCGAUCCUCUGUUCAUAGCCAGAAUUAACGAAGCAAAGCAAGGUAUUGGUAGAAUUGGUGGCUCAGCUGAGCCUACGUCACAAUUAUCGAAACAGUUAAGUAUGCCAUCAUCGAGUCAAAAUACUUUUAAUUUGUACACUGCUCAAACACUUGGACAGUCAUGUAGUGUUUUAUUACAGACUGCUUGUGCAUUUGCUGGAAACGGAAUUUCUAACAGAGAGUUGUUUAUUCGAUUUGUCAUGGAUGGUGGGAGCCAAAUGUCUUUUGUGAAAUCAUCUGUUGCUCGCUGCAUUAAUUUGUCACCGACUGGUUCUCACAACUUGAGUAUAAUCUCAUUUGGAAGUGAUAAGCCUAAGCCAAACCGGUUAUGUAAUAAGGUAAAAAUAAUCUUACGCAGCCAAUAUAAUAAUCGUACAUUCGUUGUUGAAGCGAUUGAAGUACCCGAAAUUUGUGUUGAUGCUCUCGCUGCGCCCCCGAGUCAAUUGCUGGAAACAUCAUUGCAUGGUUUACCAUUAGAAGAUUCUCGUACUUUAGGAAAUAUACCAGAAGAGGGCAUAAGUCUCCUAAUUGGUGCUGAUUACUACUGGCAAUUUGCUACGGAUAAAUAUAAGCGAAUAACCGAUAAACUAACAGCAAUAGAAACUGUAUUUGGCUGGACAAUUCAAGGACCAUUGCCACAAACUGAAGUUUCCAAAACUAGCAUCACGUCUCUAGGUAUAUGUGUCUGCGAAGAAGCUCGUAAAUUUUGGCAACUCGAAGUUCUGGGAAUUGCUUUAACAUCUAAUGAAAAUGUCAAUACAGAUUUAUCUCUUAAUGUUCGCAGGUUAGAUCAUCGCUUUGAAGCAUUGCUCCCGUGGAAAGAGAUGGGUUUACUUGAUGACAACUAUCCAGGAGCCCUACAACGAUUCAAGGCCCUCGUCAGAAAACUUUGCGUGAAUAAAAAACUUCUGGAAUAUGACAAUGCGUUUAAUGACAUGCUCUCAAGUGGAAUAGCCGAACCAGCACCGUACCCAAUCGAAGGCGAACGUGUGUAUUACAUGCCUCACCGUCCAGUCUACAGGGAAGACAAAGAAACAACGAAAUUGCGUAUCGUUUUUGACGCGUCAGCUCAUGCCUCUAAUCAAUAUUCGCUUAACCAACAUCUUGAAGUGGGCAAUAAUCUGUUACCUGAUAUUAUAACGAUUCUAUUAAAUUUCAGAAUUGGUAAGAUUGCAUUAACAGCAGAUAUAGAAAAGGCUUUUUUACAGAUAAUGCUGCACCCGAAAGACCGCGAUAGUCACAGAUUUAUUUGGUUUUCGGAUAAAUUAAAUAACGUUGACAAUCUUCCUGACAUAAAGGUAUUUCGAAUGACUCGUGUGACAUUUGGCGUCACUUGCAGCCCUGGCCUUUUGGCUGUCACAAUUAUAACGGCGAUUAAAGAAGCUGAACAAACAUACCCCCGAACGUGCGCUCUUCUCCUCAAGAGUUUUUAUGUAGACGAUCUUGUGUGCAGUGUCGAUGAAGAAAUAGAUGCCGUGAAAAUUCAAAAAGAAGCCAACAUCAUUCUUAAAAGUGCAUCUAUGAAUUUAUGCAAAUGGAAUUCCAACAACUCUACCGUUCGUCGUAAGAUUCCAAUAGACCAAGAUAUUCACAAACUUCAAAAGGUACUUGGUCUGUGUUGGUUAGUUGCCACAGAUGAAUUGGCUGUAAAUGUUGAUGGACUUCUGAAUCUUUUAGAGUCAGAGAAGCCAAAAGGCACAAAGCGGAAUGUUCUUAAGGUAAUGGCAAAAAUAUUUGACCCUCUUGGUUUUCUAGGUCCUUGGAUAGUUCGUCUUAAAAUCCUUUUUCAAUCAAUCUGGCGUAAACAUCUAGAGUGGGACGAGCUCUUACCUGAAGAUAUGAUGAAAAUUUGGAUGACAUGCUGCCAUGAAGUGAGCGAUCUUCGGAAAAUAGCCUUUCCACGUCAUGUGAUUGUUGGUAAGAGAAACGUUGAAAUACAUAUUUUUGCAGAUGCGAGCCAAUAUGCUUUCGGAGCCGUAGCCUAUGCAAGAACGCGUGACGAUAUUGGAAAUAUUUUUGUGCGUUUCUUAUGUGCUAAAAAUAGAGUGGCACCUCUAAACAACAAAAAUCAGAACGAACUUACCAUUCCAAAGCUUGAAUUAACUGCUGCUCUCGUUGCAGCUCGUUUAUUAGAUUACAUGCAGAAAAACUUGCGUGUUGAAUUUAAUGAUGCUUAUCUAUGGACGGAUUCGAAAAUUUCAUGGUUUUGGAUUACUGGUUCCAGUAAACGUUGGAAACCAUAUAUUGAAAACAGGGUCCGCGAAAUAAGAUCUAUUUGCGAUGUUUCAAAGUGGAGACACUGUCCAGGCCUAGAAAACCCAGCAGACCUAGUCACAAGAGGUAUUAACGCUAACGCUCUUAUAAAUUCAUCUUUGUGGAUGUCUGGACCGGAUUGGUUAAAAGAAAAUCAAUCAACAUGGCCACAAAACGAUAUCAGUAUUACAACCUUGAUUACAUCUUUACAUGUGACUGAAGAAAUUGAAGCUCACUCCGCUUUAGUUGAGUUAAAAAAUAUUAUUACUCCACCUAUAAAUCCAAUCGAUUUUAGCACUUGGAGACAUCUGCUCCGAACGACCGCUUACUUUUUUCGUGCAUAUAAUUUCUUUAAGACAAAAAAGAAGUUUCCAACUUUUCUUACGGCCGAUGAAAUUAUAUCUGCUGAAAAAUGCUGGAUAAAUUCUGAUCUGGCAACUCUUAAUCCAUUUUUAGAUGACACUGAUGAACUAUUACGAGUUGGAGGGCGUCUUCAGUUUGCAGGAUUAAGUCCAGAAGAAACUCAUCCGUAUAUUUUGCCCAAAUCAUCGCACAUUACGAAGCUGAUUGUAAGAGACACCCACGAGAAGCUAUUUCAUGCCGGAACGAAUUCAGUCCUUUCAAAGCUUCGCUCAAGAUUCUGGAUACUUAAACUCCUUCAAGCUAAAUCAGCAUCACAACCCUUCGCUCCACUUCCUAGAGAGCGAAUACUGCAUACAAGGCCUUUCGAGAUCACUGGUGUGGAUUUUGCUGGUCCGCUUUAUGUGAUCGAUAGAACCAAACAAUCGAGGAAGGUCUACAUAAUGCUGCUUACUUGUGCAGCAGUAAGAGCAGUGCACUUAGAGGUGGUUUUGGAUCUGACAGCCGAAAGUUGUCUUUUGGCAUUGAGGCGUUUUAUUGCGCGAAGAGGUGUACCUCGGAUUAUAUAUUCCGAUAAUGCCAAGACUUUCAAAAAGGCAUCUACAGAACUAAGUCAUAAACUUAAAUUUAAAUCAAAUCCCGAUUUUCAAUGCUUCUUAACUGAUCAACGUAUUACCUGGAAAUUUAUCGUCGAACGUGCACCUUGGUGGGGUGGAUUCUGGGAGCGUCUAGUAAGAGUUGUGAAAUCCUCAUUGAAGGCUGCAGUGCUGAAAGCAACUUUGUCUAUCGACCAAUUUACGACUCUUCUUACUGAAGUUGAAACUGUAGUCAAUUCGCGACCUCUUACGUACUGCAGUGAUGAUUCUUCGGAUUGUGCUCCCCUUACACCUGCCCAUUUUCUUGGUGUUCAAGGAAUAUCUGGUGAUUCUACACCCAAACAGAAUUUUCAACCCAUCAAUCAAAAUACGCUGAGAUCAGAGUGGGCACAACGUUUACAAAAUAUUUCAAUAUUUAAACGCCGUUGGUUUAGAGAAUAUCUUCAACAGUUACGCUCAUUACAUCAUGAGAGACAAGCAACAUCGACCUACCUUGCAGCUGGAGAAGUGGUACUAAUAGAAGAUCCAUCUUUGCCUAGGAUACUCUGGCGAUUAGCGAUCAUCCAAAAAACAUUUCCAGGGCGAGACGGAAAAGUUCGUGCAUGUGAAGUACGAUUGGCUAAUGGUUCAGUUCUUCGAAGACCAGUUCAACUUUUAUAUCCUUUGGAAAUAAGUUCUUAA